AUGAUGUGGAAAUUACUUGUGAUUGCGCAUGUUAUUAUGGGCGUUGGCGCCAAUCCACCCGUGGUUAAAAAGAACCGAAUUGUGAAUUUUCGGAACCACGAAGUUCCGAAAGAUGGAACAGUAAUCAUCAAUCUAGCCGAACUAUCCAUGCAGAAUGCUGUCGAGAUUAUAUGCCCAAAGGAAAAGGGGGGCCACAGCUACGACAUGCUGCCGAACAGGAGGGAGAGCAUUGGGAGUGGCGGUAUUCAUGUUUACGCGACGGUGAAUGGAGUUUACAAGAAGGUGCACAUUGACGACGUGGUGCGGUUUGGGUCGGCCGAAAACCAGCCUAAGCUGGAGCAGCGAUUUGGGAUGACGCGGCUGCUGCUGAACCAGGGCAGGAGCACGGACGUUGUGAGGUACGCGUUUGAGAGCUUCGACGUGCACUGCGCGCCGGCGGGCAACGAGGAGGGCGUGAGCGAGGCGUUGCGCUCGUGCUUGACGUCAAUGUCGAUGUCGGAGCAGGAGGGCGAGAGAACAAGCUGCCCCUCCGGCGAGAGCGGGGAGCGGAGUGCGCCACUGUUGGGCAUAGUGCGGGUGACGCUGAGCAGCGUGCGGCGAGCAUACACUGGCUGCGGCAGUUCGAGUGUACCCUUCAUAAUGGACGCUUCGGGCGGAGUGUCGAGUGAGCGGUCGUGCAUCGUGGACGUGAUGGAGACUCCCGACGUCGGCUUCUACUGCAAGGGCAGGAUAGAGCCUGCCAACUGCCCACUCUCGCUGUACUACGGCUACACUGAUCGGAUAGCUACGCUGCCCUUCAAGGUCGAGGUGAGCUCCGAGGAACGCGAAGGCGGCACCGUGCUUAUCAUGCGCUACGACCGUCUCAGCAUCUCGUCCACCUUCUCCGGGUACUGCCGAUGCGUGGACGUGUCGACGAAGCAGGCGACCGCGAAAAUCGAAAUAAGGAGCCGAAAGAACUACGUCUGCGAUCUCGGUCAGAAGCUGGCGCAGCACGUGUCGAGGCCCAUUGUCGGCGACUGGUGCGACGUGAUGCUGUACCCCGGCAGCUCGCUGGAAAUCCUCUUCCCGGUGUAUCCCGUGGAGCUGCUGCGCCCAGUCAGCGUGGCUCUCCUCGGAGGCUGGGAUAUCUCGGGGCGGAUCUCCACCUUCAUCCCGGAGAGACCGGAUGCGGAGGCGCUCACGCGCACAGUGGAGGACAACAGGCUGGUGUACAGCACGGUGCGACUCGGGUCGGUAGUGGACACCGAGUUGGUGAAAGUCGACAGCGUGUUGCAGUCUGACGGAGUGGUGUCCAUACAGCACAAGGUGUCGCAGUCGGAGGCGGGAGCCGCUGGCAGAGAUCCUGUAUCGCUCUACUUCCGCUGUCUGCACAGGGGCGCCAGGCCCGAGAGGAAUGUAAUCUCCACCAUCAAGGUUACACUGUCGUACGGACCGCGGCAUGAAAUCGUGCCCGUGUAUGCUCAGCCGGAUGCCUCGCAGCGACCAGUGAGGGUGAGCCAGUAUUUCGCUGACGUGUCGGACAUUGCGCGCAUCCACUGCGAGGCUGGCGAGCAGCUGGUUCCGCAGGAUUGCAAUAAGCUCGCCUUCAACGCCAACAGGACCGCGGUCGUCCCUUUUCCUACAGGGCUCAAGGCUUACUGGCACCACGACGAUGGCGGCAUCCGUGACCUCAAGGCCGAGGACUCGCUGACCGCGCCCUUCAGUCUGCACUGCAGCUGCGUCAACGCCGCCGGACUGGAAAUCUCGAGGCUCAGCUUCAACCAGAUGCCGCAAAAUUACACCAUGCGUGGGCGGUCGCCACAUAUCAACUCCCUCGUCAUGGUGCCACGCAUCCAGCUCUUGGACGUCGCCGGCGUGCUCAGGCACGAAAAGAUAGUCAUACCCGUGGCAGACGUCUACAGGGAGGAGCAUGUGCUGCGGGUGUCUCCGGGCACGCUGAACGGCCUGCUCUGCACUCCGCCCAGGGGAGUAGCCAAUGUCAGCAGAGUCCCGCUGCCGGAUGACAUGCGGCCCUUCGUGUCCCCGGUCGAUGCGUCUCUACAAGGUGUGCGGCUGAACACCGACACCGUCAUGCUGCGCCAGGACGAGGACGUCUCGAAGUCCUAUGCCACCUGGAUUCCCUACAACGACGGCACCGAAUUCGUCAACCUCGUCAAGACGGGUGACCAAUAUCAACUGACGAGUGCGCACCUCAGCGAGGUGAUGGUUGCCAAGGAGGCUUCAGCAUUGGGCACAAGGGCGACCACGACAGCGAUCUGA